UUGGGAACUAAAGCGCAAUUAAAGCGAGAGUUAAAACUUAAAAUAUUCUUUUUCAGCUUUUGUUUUAACGCUACAGGACUUGAGCCAGGAAACCAGUACAAGGUUCAGGUUGCUACCAGAAUCGAAGGAGGGAGCUACGGUCCAUGCUUUUGCUUUAACGCUACAGGACUUGAGCCAGGAAACCAGUACAAGGUUCAGGUUGCUACCAGAAUUGAAGGAGGAAGCUACGGUCCAUGGUCUUCCCUCGUCAUAGCCAACACCCUCCAAAUCUUGCCAGAUGCUCCAAGAGCAAUUCAUCUAAUAGAGAAAACUGAUCAUUCCCUCCACAUUCGAUGGGUACCCCCUAUCGAUCCUAAAGGGCACAUCACUCAAUACCGUGUGUCAAUUGUAUCACUUGAUGAACCUAGUGAUGAGAGAAAGACAUUCUUGGUGGAUCAUCCAACUCUCACCUAUUUAUUCGAAAAUCUCAAACCAGAAACAUCCUAUAAUGUUUCCAUUGCUGCUGGAUCAAAACGCGGCUUUGGAAGAGAGAUCUGGACUCGUUACUCGACCGAUCCAUUCGUUAUCCCAAUUGUUGUCUCAGCUCCUACUGUUACUCCUGAUGGUGCUUCUGCCCUUGACAUCCAAUGGGGCGGAGUGGCCGAUUCUCAAAAUAGAGUGAGAGGCUAUAUCAUCGAAAUAAGAAACUCGGAUACUCCGGUUUGGCAAGAGAUUGGAGGCAUUAUUCCCCACGAUCCUGUGAAAAGAACAUACCUCAAAAAGCUCAUUGGUCUCGAUUCGGACACUUUAUACUUCGUCCGAGUCAAGGUUGUCGACGAUAAGCAGCGUGUAGGUGGUGCGUCUCCUGAAGCUCAGGGUAGAACUGGUUGCGCCCCUCCCACGUCUCCACCUUCCAACGUCAAUCUUGCAUCUCCGUCCAACGUUCAGGUCCGCGUUAGCUGGCAGGCCCCAGUAAAGGGUUCAUGGCUCUGCUCUAAUAUUCGUUACAAGAUUGAGUACAUCAAUGGAACGCAGCCCCGUCAACAACUCGAUCUACCAAGUUCUUCCAUUGAACAUGUCUUCGACUCUCCAUCCAACACUAAAUGGAAAGUUCGCAUUCGUACUGAAAAUGAUGCUGGAGCAUCUGCAUGGAGUAACGAGCUUGAGUUGACCACUGCAGAAGGUGCACCCGGGGCUGUAACAGACCUGACAGCUAUUCCAACGGGUCCAACAUCGAUUGAAGUUUCGUGGAGACCUCCAAUCAACCCUAAUGGUGUCAUAACCGGAUAUACACUUGUGUAUAACCUCAAAUCGAUGGGAGAAUGUGGUCCAAGGAGU